UGGUUCUCUGCAGGGCUGCAGCGGUGCGGUCGGAGCUGCCGUUCCCGGUGGCUGAACUACCUCCGCCCGGGGCUGAAGCACGGCAACUUCACGCCGGCUGAGGAGAGGAUCAUCUGCGAGAUGUACUGCAAGAGGGGAAGCUGCUGGUCCGUCAUCGCCGCCCUGCUCCCGGGGAGGACCGACCUCGCCAUCAAGAACUACUGGAACAGCACGCUCAAGAAGAGGUUCCCGGCGGCGAGAACCGCCGCCGCCGCCCGCCGCAAGCACUACACGUGUCCGACCGCCAGCACAUCGUCCGAUGCCGGGACGCCGGAGCGGGACCUUCAGAUGGUCGUCUACAGCAGCGAGGAUAGCUCCACAGCAGGGUCCAGCCUUGCCAAGUCCGUCUUGGCCGGCCCAUCGUCGGUGCAAGCAGUGCAGCCGCUGGUUCCGGUCGCCGCCGGCCAAGAACCGAUCGCGGCGGUCCCAGUCAGCGGGCCGGUGAGGAAUGAGCAGAAGCCAGCCGUGGUGAGCCGACUGCCUCUGGAGAAGACGCCGCCGCCGCCUCAGCCACCGCCGCCGCCACCACCACCGUCCGGUGAUCAGACCGGCGAGGUGGUCAUGGACAUCUUCUGCGCUCCCAUGUCCCCACUCCCUCUGGGCUUCAUCGAACCGGAGCUGGCUUGCAUUUGCGAUUUCGACGACAUUCACAGCUUCUUGUCGUGGUUUGAUCAUCACUGA